UGCCAUUGACAAUCCCGCAAAUAUACAUGCAUAGCCCAACACACAUGACACUUGAGUAGACGCUAUGGAUGGCAUUGUCCGUGUCGUGUUUCAAAAUUUCGAGCUCAAAUCCACGUCUCCGAUUAUUCGAACAAACGCAGGAGAGGAGAUGAGCAGAAGAGGUUCCAGUUCAAAUCCCUGCGAUCUGCUCAAGAAAAUCAAAGAAUUCACUCGAUGUCUUCUUGAAGAUCUCCGCCGAGGACGAUCUCCCUCCGUUACCCUAAAUCGCUACAGAAUUUAUUGCACUGAUCCUUCUGGAAAAUGCUGUUGCAGCUCUGAUUUACACAUGGGAAAAGAGAUAGUCUCACUUCAAAAGGAGUGCCAUGCAUAUAGACUGGAUGUCUUGCUGAGGGUGUUGUUGAUUAUUCAGCAGCUGCUGCAAGAAAACAGACAUGGAUCGAAGAGAGACAUAUAUUACAUGCAUCCAGCUGUAUUUUCAGAGCAAGCAGUUGUAGAUCGAGCAAUCAACGACAUAUGCAUCCUUUUAGAAUGUAGUCGCCAUAACUUAAAUGUGGUGGCUGUUGGAAAAGGGUUGGUGAUGGGUUGGUUAAAAUUCUUUGAGGCAGGAAAGAAAUUUGAUUGCAUAAAUAGCCCCAGUAAGGCUCAUCCUGUUCCUGUAUUUGUUGAAGAAGUUGAAGGGAUAGUUAGCGUUGCCCAGUACAUACUAAUCGUAGAAAAGGAAGCAGUGUUCCAGCGGUUAGCAGACGACAGGUUUUGCGAUACGAACAACUGUAUCGUUAUCACUGGAAGAGGCUAUCCGGAUGUUCCCACAAGAAGGUUUCUGCGGCUUCUUAUUGAAAAUUUGUGCCUGCCCGUCUAUUGCUUGGUAGAUUGUGACCCCUAUGGUUUUGAUAUACUGACGACUUACCGGUUCGGUUCUAUGCAAAUGGCAUAUGAUGCAAAAUUUCUACGAGUACCUGAGAUACGCUGGCUGGGAGCUUUUCCAUCAGAUUCUAAGAAAUAUGGCCUUCCAGAAAGGUGCCUCCUUCCUUUAACAGCAGGAGAUAUGAAGAAAGCAGAAGCCAUGUUACUGAGAUGCUACCUGCAAAGAGAAGCACCAAAAUGGAGAUCAGAGCUAGAGAUGAUGAUGCAAAGAGGAGUGAAGUUUGAGAUUGAAGCAUUGUCAGCCUCUUCAAUUUCAUUCUUGGCAGAGAAGUACAUACCAUCAAAAAUUCAAGGUGGAGGCUACAUCUAACAACAUACAGUUUCUUUCUGUUGAAUUAGAAAUAAUUGUAGUUUCUGUAGCAUGCGAAGUGCAGUCAAUUUGGAUAAUGUUACAUUGAAGUUUGGGGGAAAAUCGUAAUUUCAUUUUUUCAAUUUCAA